UGUCUGCUCUCCAUACUGCACCUCUGUAUAAAUCUGUCUGGAGUCACUUCCUGUUGUGUCACUUCCUGUCUGUGUCACUUCCUGUCCCGGGAACACUUUCCUCCUCUCAGCCAUUUUAGAUCGGCUUCCAGACGGUCCUGUCCAGAGAUACCCAUCACUGUCAUACCUCCGUACUCCUCUCCUGUACAUACCCAUCACUGUCAUACCUCCGUACUCCUCUCCUGUACAUACCCAUCACUGUCAUACCUCCGUACUCCUCUCCUGUACAUACCCAUCACUGUCAUACCUCCGUACUCCUCUCCUGUAAGUACCGAUCACUGUCAUACCUCCGUAACUCCUCUCCUGUACAUACCCAUCACUGUCAUACCUCCGUACUCCUCUCCUGUACAUACCAAUCACUGUCAUACCCCCGUACUCCUCUCCUGUACAUACUGAUCACUGUCAUACCUCCGUACUCCUCUCCUGUACGUACCCAUCACUGUCAUACCUCGUACUCCUCUCCUGUACAUACCCAUCACUGU